UCAUGAGAAAUGCCCGCGGGCGGUGGAGCGCAACGGCUAUGUGAAAACAUGUGUCACCCCUCUGUAUCAGGACGCGGGCUGCCAGUCGUGGCUGAGACUCGCAGAAAUAUGGAGUUCCCGGAGACUGUCGUCGGCGGUGUGUGUGGGCUCUGUCUCGGUUAUUCUUGCUUUGCUGGUCAGAUUGGUUGACUGGGACGUGGAGCAGCAGAGUUGCCGCAGUAACAGCGAGAAUAACGGCGAGUCUGGUUCUCUAGUUCAUUUCGUGGCGAGCUGUGUGGUGGAACUGUUGUUGAACGUUUGGUACCUGGUGUCCCCCGUCUUCACUCUCGUAUGUGCCUUCUUUUGGGUUGGCUUGUACCUGAUCCGCUGCGGGGUGCUGAUCCGGACCGCCGUGUUUCUGUUGGCAGUGUGUCACUUGGGCGAAGCCGCGGCGCAGUCUCUCCUGGACGGUGCGGAGGACCAGUUGCUCUCGUUCACCGCCACCGUUGUGGUUCUAUCCUGUCUAGCCGGCGGGGCGCUGAUGGUGGUCAGACUCGGACAGGGUGUUUCCGUCAUCGUCUUCAUCAGCAUCAUCAGGACUGUGUCUCUCAUCUCCCUCAACAAGGUCCGGGCCAGCUGGAGACCCUACCUGGCGUACCUGGUAGGAGUGCUGGGGGUCCUGCUAGCGAGGUAUGCUGACCGGCUCCUGACGGGCUCAGGGCCACUCGGGGCGGAUUGUAGCUACGUGACAGCGGGGAAGGAAGAUAAUAUAAUUCCGGUGUUUAAAAGGCGACGGAGGUCCAGUUCGGUGGUCUCUUCAGACAUGGCGCACAGUCACAGCAACAGCAAGUCCCACCGGAGGACCUCGCUCCCAUGCAUUCCACGAGAACAGUCAUCGGGCACCAGUGUGGUGGUGGACAUAGCGUUGAUGGGGGAAGCCCAUGGAUUGAUCUCAGACCUGCUGGCGGACCCCUCCCUGCCCCCCAACACUUGCAGUUCCCUGCGGGCUGUCAGUAACCUGCUCAGUACCCAGAUCAGUCUGCAGCCGCUGCACCGGCCUCGGAUCAGCCCUCUGCAGGCACUCAGCGACACACACACCUGCUCCGAUUCUGAGGACUGGCCAGAGAGAGAGAAACUGGCCAUCCCAAAGCGUCUGAGACGGAGCCUGCCUCCAGGCCUGCUGAGAAGGAUCUCCUCUACAUGGACCACCACCACCUCAGCUACAGGUCUGCCCACCAUAGAACCAGGACCUGUACGCAGAGACCGCUCUGCCAGCAUCAAACCCCUCCACGACAGUCCACCAUGCAGCAUGGUGAACAGUGAGUCGUGGAACAGCUCUGUAAUGCUCACCAUCUCUAAGAGUCGCUCCAUGUCUGCCUCCUACGCUGCUUCAGCCACCUCCAACCACCUCUACAACAGACGAAUGACCAGACCAGGUUACCCCCCAUCCAACAUAUCACCUCUGGUCUCUCCCCUCCACUCCCCUCCGGUCCAGGGGAGCCCUGUCUCCAGCCCCACCACCAAGUCCUGCUCUGUGGACCUACCGGACCCUGUGGACAGCCAGGGAGAGAAGCCUGUGGCCCCCCGGGCCCCACACAGAGCUUUAACACACAGCAUCAGUGCACCUAGCUCCACCACACCGCACUGGGGGCCACCAUCGCUCUGCACAAGCUGUGGUAGACCGUACAGCAGGCUGAGCCAUGGGGAGGGAUCUAUUGACAAAGGGGACAGAAUACCCCACCCUGAUGACCCGGCAGUGGCGUCGUCAGACUAUGAGAGCACCUACGAGACCAACCACAGUGACAGCAGUGACUUUGCACAGAACGAGGAGGACAGGGAGGGGGUCAAGAAUCCCUCUGACACCCAGGACGGGUGCAGGUCGUACCAGCCUGAGGGCAUCGUCCUGCACCCCCUACUGCCACCUCCAGAGGACACACAGCCCAUCCUGGCCCCGGAGCCUCUGGUGAUGUCAGAGCUGGAUCCUCUGAUGACUCAACUCAACAGCUGGAACUUCCCCAUCUUCAACCUGGUGGAGAAAACACAUGGCCGCUCAGGAUGCAUCCUCAGCCAGGUUUCCUACCGCCUGUUUGAGGACACGGGACUGUUUGAGAUGUUCAAGAUUCCUGUCAGGGAGUUCAUGAACUAUUUCCAUGCUCUGGAGAAUGGAUACAGGGACAUUCCAUACCACAACAGGAUCCAUGCCACUGACGUGCUCCAUGCCGUGUGGUACCUCACCACCCAGGCCGUGCCAGGCCUGCCCAACCUCCUCACAGACCACAGCUCAGACUCUGACUCUGACAGUGGGCUCCUCACCCCCAGCCAUCCCAGCCAUAUAGGCCAUACAGGGUUCCUGGUUUCUAAGAUGUCUGCAGUGAUGGAGGAGGGUUAUGGCUGUCUGUCUGGCCUCAUCCCAUCGCUGGAGCUCAUGGCUCUAUAUGUGGCUGCAGCCAUGCACGACUACGACCACCCUGGACGGACCAACGCUUUCCUCGUGGCGACUAGCGCUCCUCAGGCCGUGCUAUAUAACGACCGCUCAGUGUUAGAGAACCACCACGCUGCGUCAGCCUGGAACCUGUUCAUGUCCCGGCCAGAGUACAACUUCUUGGGCAACCUGGAGCAUGUGGAGUUCAAACGCUUCCGCUUCCUGGUCAUCGAGGCCAUCCUCGCCACCGACCUCAAGAAACACUUUGACUUCCUGGCAGAGUUCAACGCCAAGGUGGGUGCUGACGGCUGCUUGGGCAUCGACUGGUCCAAUGAGAAUGACCGGUUGCUGGUGUGUCAGAUGUGCAUUAAACUGGCGGACAUCAACGGCCCACUGAAACACAAGGACCUGCAUCUACAGUGGACCGAGGGCAUCGUCAAUGAGUUCUAUGAACAGGGCGAUGAGGAGGCAAGUCUGGGCCUUCCCAUCAGCCCCUUCAUGGACCGCUCUGCGCCACAGCUCGCCAAGCUCCAGGAGUCCUUCAUCACGCACAUCGUGGGUCCGCUCUGUUCCUCCUACGACUCCGCCGCCCUCAUGCCGGGGAACUGGGUCGACCCCGCCGACGCACGGAGGAAGGAGGGAGAGGAGGUGGGGGAACGAGAGACAGAGGGGGAAGAGGAGGAUACAGCAGAGGAGGAUGCAUCGACUAGCUCUGAGAGUUCCCAGAAGAACGUGGUGAAGCUUAAGAAGAGCAGGAGGAGAGUGUUCUGUCCCAUCACUCAGCACCUACUGGACAACCACGAAAUGUGGAAGAGAGUCAUCGCCUCUGAAACCCAGGACACGCCAGAUAGAGAGGCGCCUAACUGCCACAGCAACCCCGCCGAGCCAAUCACAGCCAUCCACGAGGAGGAGGAGGAGCCAGCCAGCAAGGAGGAGCCAAUAGAUGUCCAGGGAGAGGAGACAGAAGGGGAAGAGACGGGGCUUGCAGAGGAAGAGGAAGUGGCCAAGCAAUAAGAGACUGCAGAGAAAAGGGAGGAGGAGCUGGAGUGAGAGGAUUAUCUUUGACCCUUGAAGAUCAGGAAACUGAACAUUUAUCCAAACUCAUACUCUAUCCCAACUAGACUUUCUGACUCGUGUCAGAAAUUAUACCCUAUUCCCCAUGUAGUGCACUAGCUGGCCAAAAAUAGUGCACUAUACAGGGAUUGGGGUGUUGUUUGAGACGCAGCCCCUGAUAUUUGGUUGCCAGCAAAUCACUUAGACACAACACUGUAGAAGUUUGGAGUAACAUGUGCCUAAAGAAAACAGGGUGGGGGGAGGAGCUGAGGAUGAGGAUGAGAGAGGGGUGGGAUUUAUUGUUUUAAAUACAUAUUAUAUUGGAUCAGGUUUCCAUUUCAGAAGCCCUCUCCCUGACGAGGUACCCACACUGCAAUACGGGCCCACAGAACACUGACCCCACUGCCAGCCUCAAGACACAUACUAGUGGUCCGCAUCCACCUGUCCGCCCCCACAGAACCAAGGUGUACACAGUGGACUGUACUGAAUAGACAGUACAAGCACUAGCUCCUGAGGACAAUGAGAUGAAAGUGAGGGAAAAAGCUGUGUCUGCUCUUUGUUGGUUCUCAGGGAGCGAGGAGAGGACUGAGGACUGGGGAGAGGAGGGCCAGUGUUGAUACAGAGUGUGCUCACACCCACGCAUGGAGGCAGACACACACACACACUCACACACACAAACCCAUCAGAAGAUUUUCUAGCUACCCCAGGAAGAGGGAAUGGGAAGUCUAACAGAGAAACCUGUAGCUCUGAAAAAUCUUUAUACUCACUUGAGGAAAAAAUCAAACACAGCACAGUGUUUCUUUACAUUCUUCAUCUCUCGCUUUGUUCCCAAUAUACCAUGUUUUCUCUCUUUCUGUCUUUCAUUCAUUCUUUAUUUCACUCACUCCACUUUUGUGUCCAUCAGACUCUUUCUUCCUCUCACUCCUACACAGUUCCACAGGACUCAGGAACACAGACACACCCCACUGGGCACACACUGGUUGAAUCAAUGUUGUUUCCACUUCAUUUCAAUGAAAUUACGUUGAACCAUAGUGGAAUUGGCAUUGAAUUGACAUCUGCCCAAUGGGACACAACACAGACCCCUCAUCACAGUGUCCUUGUACCCUUUGUCAUUGUUGCUUCAACCAACACAAGUCAUUGUUCUUUCCUAUGUUUGGUUUGUGGCUUUACUUUCUUAUUGUUUUAACAUUGGCCGUAAGAUUUUCACUCUGUGGCGUUUGUGUUUUGUAAAUAUGGUGUGGGACUUUAUUUUAUUGCCUUUCUUAUUUUACGUACCCUGUAUCUUGAUUAUCUGCACCCGCAAAGGGAAUCACUUUGAAUCUGAAUCACAUGGUUUCUUAUAGAGUUAUAUCUUUAUUUUAUUCAGAAGCCUAGUUACGUAUUCCAAUAUAAGAUGCUUUUAUAAGUGCAGAAUGUCUCUCUUCAUAGCCUUGACCCAGUAGAUGAAUACAUGUACCACCUCACUAGAGAAGAAGCAUUCAAAUUAGGAUUAAUCUCUGGAUGUCAAUCUGACAAUGACACUGAAAAGGAGAUUCACCUUUUUGAAAGGUUCUCUACAGCCGUCUUCAUUGAUAAACUCUUUCGUAGAACUCUCUCGUAGAACUCUUUUGAUGGUUAACUGACCUCUAGCCUGUCUUUCUGUCCUCUUUCACAAUGGGAUCUACCACCCAAUACCCUGACAGGAAGUUCAGCCAAGAGAGCCAAUGUCGAAAGUACACAGAUUCUCUUUCAGUUUCUUCAGCGAGCAUCAUUCCCCAUAGAGUGAGCUGUCUCACUCAGAUCCAGAGAACCAAGGUUACAGUCGUAACCAGGCAUUUUCUAUUUAACUCUGGGAAAUCAUAUUUUUCUCCAUCAGGCUGAAAUGAUAACAGGCCUUGGGCUCCAAUAGCUUUCAGCUAGUCAAGUGAUCAAAAAAAGUUCAUUGCUGAGUGGACCUUGGAAAGCCUUGAAGGAGAUGUGGAGGAGCCCAGAUGUUCAACCAAGAGAACAAGGUUACAGUUAUACUCCACAAACCCUCAGAGAGACUGUGCUGCUCUAUAGGACAUGGUGAAUCACUCAUGGGGCUGAAUGCAAAGCAAACAAAAGUAUGAAGAAAGAGAAUGCAGUAAAAAAUAUCCAUGCCCAGAAAGACAGAUGUCUGCUUAGUGUGUGUUUGCUGACUCCCACAAAGAAGUUAUGUAUUUAUUACCUUUCUGAUAGUUUUAACAUUUCAACCAUAGGUCCAACUGGUUCAACCAGGAACCUGUCGAAGAAGGCCAAUAUGGUUGAACUGUAGCUACCCAAUUGUAGCUAUCACAUGAUACUGUACCUGCAGCUAUCCCAUCUCUCCCUAUACAUCCAGCUCCAUGACAUGACCAGCCAGAUCAGGCCCAAGCAGGUGUGCGUCCCGAAUUGCACCCUAUUCCCUACAUAGUGCACUACUUUUGACCGUAGCCCUAGGGACCCUGGUCAAAAGUAGUGCAGUAUAUAGGGAAAAGGGUGGUAUUUGGGACACAGCCCACGUGGACUAGCCAGCCAGCAUGAAGCAGGCAGCAUGCUGCAGUCAGCACAUGGACCAGUGCUGGGCUCCACAUGGCUGUCCAUAGCUCCAUAGCCCCAUUUGAUGUCCAGAGAGAGAGACAAAUUGGUGGUGACAGAAGGAUGAGAGGGAAAGGUAGAGGAGAGGAGAGAGGAGAGAGGAGAUGAGAGAGAGCCAUUCCGAGCAGAUAAGACGGAAUGGUAUAGGAGAAGGAAGGGGAUGAGAGAGAAAGGGAGAUGAAGAGGGGAGGAAGAGAAGCAUGUGGGGGUUUUCUGAGGUUGGUCAGAUGUCUCUUUUCUGUUCACUGAUGGUCUCUGUGAAAACGUCACUUUGAAUGAGGAGCCAAUUAAAAUGUACAGUUGAAAUCGGAAGUUUACAUACACUUAGGUUGGAGUCAUUAAAACUCGUUUU